GUGGNUUUCAUUGGAAAUACAAGCGCGAUGCCACAACAAUGUUGUUGAGUCUUCAAUGACGUUGUGAAGUUGGUGAUGCAGACAAUCACAGCUGGCGUAUGCGUUGUAGGGCACUCCAUGAAAAGGAGCAGAAAUCAAAAGGUUUUACUAGGAUGCAGUUUUUUCUCAUUGCCAUGGGUGCAAGCUUCUUGUAUUAUGCACUCCCUGGCUAUCUGUUCACGGUCUUAACCUUCUUCUCGUGGGUUUGCUGGGCAUGGCCAAAUAGCAUCACUGCACAGCAAGUUGGAUCAGGUUAUCAUGGACUUGGGAUUGGUGCCUUCACAAUUGAUUGGGCAGGGAUUUCAGCUUACCAUGGGAGCCCCCUUGUUUCACCAUGGUCUUCCAUUGUUAAUGUGGGAGUCGGAUUUAUCAUGUUCAUAUACAUCAUUGUGCCUGUGUGUUACUGGAAGUUCAACACUUUUGAUGCCCGUAAGUUUCCUAUAUUUUCUAACCAAUUGUUCACGAAUUCUGGACAUAAAUAUGACACUACCAAGAUCUUAACCCCGGAGUAUGAUCUUAACAUUGAUGCAUACAACAAAUACGGCAAGUUAUACCUUAGUCCUCUGUUUGCAUUAUCAAUUGGAUCGGGUUUUGCAAGAUUUACUGCUACCCUCACUCACGUGGCACUCUUUUAUGGCAGAGAUAUUUGGAGACAGAGUAAAUCCGCGAUGAGUGGUGCGAAAUUGGAUGUCCAUGGUAGACUCAUGCAAGCUUAUAAGCGAGUACCUGAAUGGUGGUUCCUUAGUAUAUUGUUUGGGAGCAUGGCACUAUCCCUGCUAAUGGCCUUUGUGUGGAAAAUUGAUGUGCAACUUCCAUGGUGGGGUAUGCUCCUUGCUUUUGGUUUGGCUUUUGUUGUAACCCUCCCAAUUGGUGUCAUUCAAGCAACUACCAACCAGCAACCUGGAUAUGACAUUAUAGCACAGUUCUUUAUUGGGUAUAUCCUUCCAGGAAAACCAAUUGCAAAUUUGCUCUUCAAGAUUUACGGGAGAAUCAGCACCGUCCAUGCUCUCUCUUUCUUGUCAGAUCUCAAACUAGGCCAUUACAUGAAAAUUCCUCCACGAUGCAUGUAUACCGCUCAGCUUGUGGGAACUCUUGUUGCUGGAGUGGUGAACCUUGCAGUGGCUUGGUGGAUGUUGGAUAGCAUUAAGGACAUAUGCCUGGAUGAUAAACUUCACCAUGACAGUCCUUGGACAUGCCCCAAAUACAGAGUGACCUUUGAUGCAUCUGUUAUAUGGGGUCUGAUUGGACCAAAGCGGCUGUUUGGACCCGGUGGGCUAUACAGGAACCUUGUGUGGUUAUUCUUGAUUGGAGCAGUUUUGCCCGUUCCUAUUUGGGUGUUGAGCAAAAUCUACCCUGACAAGAAAUGGAUACCACUCAUAAACAUACCUGUCAUAAGCUAUGGCUUUGCUGGAAUGCCACCGGCAACUCCUGCUAAUAUUGCAAGUUGGCUGUUGACUGGAAUGAUCUUCAAUUACUUCGUGUUCCGCUACAACAAACGUUGGUGGCAGAAGUACAACUAUGUACUAUCUGCAGCACUAGAUGCAGGCACAGCUUUUAUGGGUGUUCUAAUAUUCUUUGCACUGCAAAAUUCUGGCCAUAUGCUCAAAUGGUGGGGAAGUGAAAUGGACCAUUGCCCCUUGGCCACUUGCCCAACUGCACCUGGAAUUGUGGUUGAUGGAUGUCCAGUAUUCAAAUAGAGAACAACGACAAUGAGCUUAGCUUUUUUCUUUUAUGUUUGUUUGGGGUGGGGACAAAGCUAGGCUUUUAGUACAGCUAUAACCUAUAUAGGGUGAAAGCGGAAGGAAUAACCAAUUGCUUAGCAAAAUUCUGUACAUGCUUGUCACUGUUGUUAGUUAUAUAUGUCUCAUAAUAGAUGAGGCUUUUUUGGUAAUGGAACGAAAUAUGACUUCAAAUGCUUUUUGAAGGCUUGAAAAAAUUCGCUUGCACUCAUUUUUCAGCACUUCAGAAACCAUUAUACAUGGAAUUGCAAUUUUGUGGCCUUAGAAGAAAGAGAGACAUGCUUAGUAGUGGCGUGGAAUCCAAUUCCAAAGAGAAAACAAGAUGCUUGUAAUCUCAUCAAUUAGAAUGUCAUCGUAGUGUUGUAACUCAUUCGAUUGUUGGAGAUAUUUUGUUCCCUCUUUUAUACCAGCUACUAGCCUUGUUUCUUUC